AUGGGCUCAACCAGCCAGAACAGUACCAUGAAAGCAGGACAAUGGGAUCCUAAACAGCAGAAGUUUUUUGUCAACGACAUCCCAAUCCCCGAGCCAGGACCAGGCCAAUUCCUCAUCAAAAUAGCAAGCGCCUCCCUGUGUCACUCAGAUAUUCUGGCCACCCAGGCACCACUAGAGGAGCCUUUCACUAUCGGCCACGAAGGUGCCGGCUACAUUCAUACUAUUGGCCAAGGCGCAGAAAAUAGGGGCUUCCAAAUCGGCGACGCUGUUGGAUUUCUCUACUUCGACGGAGGCUGCUACGAAUGCGAAGGCUGUCUGGCACACAAUUCCAAAUGCCAAAAGGCUACAGCUUUGCUUCACGGCUUUUCCACCAACGGUUUCUUCCAAGAAUAUGCCACUGUCGAUUGGCAGAACAGCGUGAUUCUUCCUUGCAAUCUUGACAUCAAGAAAGCCUCUCCCGUCUUCUGUGCUGGGAUCACAGCUUUUCACGCAGUCAACUCCUGCUCCCUCCAGCCAAAGCAAUGGCUCGCCGUCAUUGGCGCCGGCGGACUUGGGCAGCUCGCCACACAGUAUGCGAAAGCCAUGUCCCUAAACGUCAUCGCCAUCGACAUCAACGACGACACCCUUGCUAUCUGCAAGUCCCAAGGGGCUGACUACGUCUUCAACUCUAAAACGAAACCCAGUUACGUUGAAGAAAUCAAGAAGAUCACCAAUGGAGGGUGUCAUGCUACUGCUGUCUUCAGUGCUUCUAAUGCUGCGUAUGCUUCUGCUCCAAGUAUCCUGAGGGUGAACGGUAUAUUGAUGGUGGUUGGAAUCGCGAAGGAGCCGUUGCAAGUAAGUACGUAUGAUUUGGCAGUGGCGAGCUAUCGCAUUAUGGCGGAGAGUACAGGUACGCCGCAGCGAAUGGGGAAAGCCGUGGAGUUUCUCGCGAAGCAUAACAUAGUGCCAGAAGUGGAGUUUAGGAAGCUGGAGGAAUUGGAUGACAUGGUGAAAGAGAUGAAAGCGGGACAGAGCCAGAGGAGAAAGGUUGUUGUCUUCGAGUAG